GCGAAAAAAUGGUUAUUUAUAAAUAACCAAAAUAAUUUCGAGACACUUGGCGUGCCAAAUGACGUCAGCAAGCAAUAAAAUAAUUUUCUCAGUCCCCCCCUGGAUAAGCACUCAUUUCCGCACUGUCGCGUUAUUGAAAUUAGAUCGCUUGUCGCGAAAAAUUUCAUUUUGUCUGUAAGUUUCCCGCUCGGCGUGUUUUCUAUUUGUCUUUUUUGUCAAAUAAAUAUGUCUCAAACGCACAAUCUCCAAAGAGCAAUUAUCGAGGCCGUAGGAAGAGCAGUACACGAGGCACUGCGAGAUCAACAUGAAGAGUCCUCUGAUGCAGCUACUGCCCACGAAAAUAAUAAUGAACCACAGCCCCAGCGACAGCCACAGCGUCAGACAACGCUCACACAGUUGUCACAAAGUAGAACAAGUAGCUCUAGCGCUACCAGACCUCUUCCAUCGAUUUUUGAAAGCAGUUGUAUUCAAUAUUCAAAUGUUGGUGGUAGAAAACGGAAAAGGUCAUCAACAUCCCAAUCAAAGUCUGCAAAGCUUUACACAAAGAUGUUGUUUGCCUUUUACCAUCAGAAAAUGGCAAAGAUAUUCCAAUUCCUCGUGGAAAUAGCCGAGGUUGCUUAG